GCCUUCAAGAACGUCAUGCCGGCGGACACCAGAUACAUCUCUAUCGUCAGACAUCCAAUGGAUCAGUUUGUGUCAGCUUUUGAAUACUAUGGCCCUGGACAGCACGUCACUGACGCGUUCUGGGGGCUUAAAGACCACCAAUCUAUUGUCAAUGGCUUUCUCGAUAAUCCUCAGAACAAAACUAGUCGUUUUCUCUACUUGACACAGAUGGCAGAAGAUUUCCAGCUUGUGAUGGUAAUGGAACAUUUCGACGAGUCACUGGUGCUUCUAAAGCGGUACUUUUGUUGGAGCACUAAAGAUAUUUUGUACUUACCCAAAAACAAGAAUGAAAAAAAGAAAAGGCUUACAUUCACUGACAAAUAUCGUGAACGUCAUCGCCAGGUGGCAGAGACAGAUUACGACAUCUACGCUUACUUCCGGUCACUUUUCUGGAGGAAGGUUUGGCAAGAGGGUCCGUCGUUCCAGUCCGAGGUGGCGCACUUCAAAUAUGUCAACUCAGUCGUCACUGAUCACUGCCUCCUGAACAAAACUCUCCAUGUGGCGGCAAGUCCCUGGGAUGAACCCUACACGGUCAACUGGAUGGAUUGUCACUACACAAACAGCAACGAACUCGACCUGUAUGACGUCAUUUACAACAGCACGGUGGGCAGGACACAGCAGUAG